GAGACUGCCAGAGAUUUAUAUACAAGAGGCGCUAUAGAGUAAUUCUGGCUUGUAGAAAUAUGGAAAAGACAAAUGAAGCAGUUGAAGAUAUAAAGAGCAACCCACCUUCAUGGAUGAAAAAGGAUAAAUAUAAAAAUAAUGUGGGUGAGCUUGCGAUUUAUUUUCUGGAUCUACGCAGUUUUAAAAGCGUGAAAGAUUGUGCUAAGAAUUUGCUGACAAACGAAGCAGCUAUUGACAUACUCAUAAAUAAUGCCGGUAUGGCUGCUGCGUCUCCGUACGAGAAGACAGAGGAUGGAAUUGAGACGACAUUACAAGUCAACCAUCUUGGCCAUUUUCUUUUGACACUUUUGUUACUACCAAAAAUGCAAUCGUCUUCUCCCAGUUGCAGAAUAAUCAAUGUCUCAUCAAUUGCAUAUAUUUUUGCUGACAUAGAUUUCGAUGACAUUAAUCUGGAGAGAUCUUAUGCACUAUUUAAAAGUUAUGCACGAAGCAAACUAGCAAACAUUC